AUGGCCGAUUCGAGUAUAAUGCGAACAGCGGCUCGUCUGUUCGUAUCAGUGCUGUUCAGUGCAAAACGACUCGCGAAGGAUUCAAAUCUCUUACGUGGUGCAUCGCGACGAGCUGAACUCUUCUCAUCGACGUUUAAAAAAGAAUUCAAAAAGUCAUUAACUGACAAAAAAUAG